GGCAAGCAAACGUUCCUCUCUCGAUCGAGCUUAAAUGAUUUCCAUCUCCUGGUGGAUCAGUUUAAUCGUUCGCGAACCGUGAAUCGCGUAACUUGCCUUUUUGUUCUGAAGUUAGCAGGUUUCUUUUUAUUGGGACGCGUAAAGCUGAUAUCAUUAGAUAGAGAAUCGAAAACCAGCCAUAAAUAUAAAUAAAAUGUUACUGCGGCUUUCAACCGUCACCACAUUGAUGGUAGUUUUGGUCACCUGGACUCGAGCACAGGAUGAUCUGGAUGCUUUAUUUGAGUCGGUAUUUAACACAGAGGGCAGUAAAGAUGCUCCUGGUGCAGUUACUCAAGCUUCAGCUCCGGCCCCAGCUCCAGCGCCAGCACCAGCUCCAGUUCCUCCUGCUCCAACACCGGCACCGGUUUACACAUGUACUGGUGAGUGCGUUCCUUAUUAUCUAUGCAACGAAAAUGAAAUUAUCACCGACGGUACCGGUAUUAUCGACAUCCGGGUCGGUGAGGACACCACGGUGGAGAAUGAAUGCCCCAACUACCUGGACACUUGCUGUGACAAAAAGGAAGUUCUGGACAUUCCACCUCCGACCGCCACGCAGCCUCCGCCACCGAAUAACCGUUACACAUGCGGGGCUCGCAAUGCCGAUGGACUUGGGUUCAGAAUAACUGGCAACAAGAACGGUGAAUCGGAAUAUGGUGAAUUCCCGUGGAUGUUGGCUGUAUUGCGUGAGGACAAGGUUAUGGAUUCUACUUUGAAUGUGUAUGAAUGCGGAGGUUCGCUGAUCGCCCCGAACGUUGUUUUGACGGCGGCUCACUGCGUAGUAAACAAACAGAAGGAAACACUUCUCGUGCGAGCUGGUGAGUGGGACACUCAGACCAAGAAUGAACUAUAUCCUCACCAGGAUCGUAGAGUUCGAGAGAUUAUUGUUCAUGAGAAACUCCACAAGGGCUCAUUGGCAAACGAUAUUGCUUUGCUGAUUUUGGAGCAACCCUUCGAUCUGGCAGAAAACAUUCAACCCGUUUGUCUUCCUCCAAAGAACACUAAAUUUGACGGCAGCAGCUGUUUCGCUUCAGGCUGGGGAAAGAACGUAUUCGGUAAGGAAGGCAAAUAUCAGGUUAUCUUGAAAAAGGUCCAGGUACCGGUUGUUUCUCACGAGAAGUGUCAAGGAGAUUUGCGCAAGACGCGACUAGGAAAUCGUUUCCGAUUGGACCCCAGCUUCUUGUGCGCAGGUGGCAAAAUGGGCGAAGACACAUGUCGGGGUGACGGAGGUUCUCCCUUGGUAUGCCCAAUUCCUGGCAUACCGACGAACUACUACCAAGCUGGCAUCGUUGCUUGGGGUAUUGGCUGUGGCGAGUUAGGAGUCCCUGGAGUUUACGUUAACGUAGCCCUAUUUAGAGAUUGGAUCGACCAACAGCUGACGCAACGUCAUGUUGAAGCGAAGCAUUAUACUUAUGUCUAAGGUUGACAAAAGAUUUAGCGAUGAAACAGUGUAAUAAAACAGUCGACAAUUUCAACAAAAUAAAUGAAGACAACUAUCGAAA